UGAACGCGCAGGCGCCGGGGCGGGGAGACAGACUUCUUCAAAAAAAAGUCUGUUUGCUUCUUUCCUGGUCACCUGAGCUCCCUGCUAGGCGACAGCCGCUGGCCAGCCGGCGAAGACCCCGCACCACCCUCCUGGCGGUCCGGGGUACCCGUGGCUCCUCUCCCCGCGCAGCCGGUCCGUUCCAUUCCAAGGUUCCCCGGGCUUCUCUUCUGCCCUAGCCCAGCCCGCCGCGCAGGGGCGGGGGUCUGUGAUCAUGGCCUGUCUUUUCAAGAAGAAGACGGUAGAUGAUGUAAUAAAGGAGCAGAAUCGAGAGUUACGAGGUACACAGAGGGCUAUAAUGAGAGAUCGAGCAGCAUUGGAAAAACAGGAAAAACAGCUGGAAUUAGAAAUUAAGAAAAUGGCCAAGAUUGGUAACAAAGAAGCCUGCAGGGUUUUAGCUAAACAGCUUGUGCAACUGAGGAAACAGAAAACUAGAACUUUUGCUGUAAGUUCGAAAGUCACUUCUAUGUCUACACAAACUAAAGUAAUGAACUCCCAGAUGAAGAUGGCUGGAGCCAUGUCAACUACUGCAAAAACAAUGCAGGCAGUUAACAAGAAGAUGGAUCCACAAAAGACGUUACAAACAAUGCAGAAUUUCCAGAAGGAAAACAUGAAAAUGGAAAUGACUGAAGAAAUGAUCAAUGAUACACUGGAUGACAUUUUUGAUGCAUCUGAUGAUGAAGAAGAAAGCCAGGAUAUUGUGAACCAGGUGCUUGAUGAAAUUGGAAUUGAAAUCUCUGGAAAGAUGGCCAAAGCACCAUCAGCUGCCCGAGGCUUACCAUCUGCAUCUACAUCAAAAGCAUCUACAAUCUCUGAUGAAGAGAUUGAACGACAACUUAAAGCUUUGGGAGUAGAUUAGCUGAAAUUUAUUUAUAAUAUGUAUUAAUGAUUUACAAUCAGUAUAAAACUGGCACUGUAGAUUCCUUUUACAAAACUUAUUUAUUUUGCAAAAAAGACAGUCAAUGAAGUUUCAGUUCACACCUUGUUUUAAAUUUUUGCCAAAGAAUGAUUUACAAAAAGAGAAAACAUUUUGAAUCUUAAUUACCAAAUACUUUGAAUGAUUAUGUCUAAACCACUUUCCUGCAUGGUAUACUAUUCUAAGAUUCUGUUAGGUAAGUGCCAGAUCACACUUGCAUUCUAAAUCCUUUCUCCCCAUGUAGAGAAAUGGCACUAAGCACCAACACAUAAAAUUGCAGUACAUUCAGAUGACAUGAGACCUGCAUCUGCUACUUGUAUUUUGAAACUGAUUUUGAACCAUGGCCACAACAACUGCAAUUACCAAAUUAUAUUUAAAAUGAUUUGAAAGAAAGCCCUCUUUCAAUAUGUAAAGUUCAUAACUUUUAAAAACAUUCUUGGCACAUGCCUUAAAUACUUGCAGCACAAAAAUAUUGUGCAGAUCUUUAAAUUAGUAGUGAUAAACUUGAAUUAUCCAUUUAAAACUUUAAUUGAGAUCUAGUUUGAGAAUUCUCCAGUUUUCUUAUCUGGGACCUGUCACUUUACUUGACCAGUUAGUGCACAGAACUGGUAGUCAGGAGACCUGAGUUCUAGACCUGUCUCUACCCAGGGGUGUAGCCUUGGAAAAGGUACCUGCCCUCUCAGUACCUCAGUUUCUUCAAGCUGUAAAAUGAGAGGGUCUUUACAAGAUGAUCUGCAAAAGAUCUCUUCCAGCUAUAAAAUUCUACAAAAUUAGCAGUGAAGGGCACUGAUUUUUUUUUAAUUACAAUAAUAAUGUAACAAUUUUUUGAUCCUUGAAAGAACUAUUGUGCCUUUCUCUAUAUGAAUCCUACUUGUCCUUCCACAUUCUUAUGAGGUGAAUUCAUCCUUAGACUGAAGCUACUUUCCAGAUGCCAUUGUGUCUCGUGUUAAGCACUACUACUAAGAGGAUAAUGUUAAACAUUGCAAUUUUAAAGCAAAACUAAUUGAAGUUUUUGUAAAUAAACUUGUCAGAAAAAUGUU